CCAUGGGCAUUUUGCGCUGUGCACUAGAGUCUUGGGCCCAAGGAGCAGCGGCCUCAUUCCCAUGCGCUCUGCCUCUCAGGCCCGGGUCCAUCCUCCCUGAGAGCCCCCUCCUGGUGUGGUGGUACGGUCCAGGUUUAAAAGGCCCAGGCGGCCUCGGGCCAGCCCAGUGUGUGGGUGACGGCGGUUGCAGUUUUCGCUGCGUGCGGGGUGAGGCUGAGUGGCCACGCUAGUGGGGCUGCUGUAGGGCACGGGGACACGUCCACGUGGCCAGGAGUGGCCACACCGAGUCAGCCACGUUGGAGGGACAGGCCUGUCCCUGGUACAGCUGCCGGUCAUGCCCACUGUCUGCCUUCUCCCAUUGCUAUUCUUCACUAUAGGAGGGUGCCUGGGUAGCAGCAGGCCCUUUCGUACCUUUGUGGUGACAGAUACCACACUGACUCACCUGACUGUCCACCGAGUGACCGGGGAGGUAUUUGUAGGUGCAGUGAACCGAGUUUUCAAGCUGGCUCCAAACCUGACUGAGCUACGGGCCCAUGUUACAGGGCCCGUUGAGGACAAUUCUCGUUGCUACCCACCCCCUAGCAUGCGUGUGUGCUCUCAUCGCCUGGUGCCUGUGGACAAUGUGAACAAGCUGCUCCUCAUAGACUAUGCAGCCCGUCGUCUGGUAGCUUGUGGCAGUAUCUGGCAGGGAAUCUGCCAAUUCCUGCGUCUGGAUGAUCUCUUCAAGUUGGGUGAGCCCCACCAUCGCAAGGAGCAUUACCUGUCAGGGGCCCAAGAGCCUGACUCCAUGGCUGGUGUCAUUGUUGAACAGGGCCAGGGGCCUAGCAAGCUGUUUGUGGGCACUGCAGUUGAUGGCAAGUCUGAAUACUUUCCUACCUUGAGUUCCCGUAAGCUCAUCGACGAUGAAGACAGUGCAGAUAUGUUCAGUCUGGUGUACCAGGAUGAGUUUGUCUCCUCUCAGAUCAAGAUUCCUUCAGACACACUUUCCCUGUACCCUGCCUUUGACAUCUACUACAUAUAUGGCUUUGUCAGUGCCUCGUUCGUGUACUUCUUAACACUGCAGCUGGACACCCAGCAGACGCUGCUGGAUACAGCAGGCGAGAAAUUCUUCACAUCCAAGAUUGUGCGCAUGUGUUCAGGAGACUCAGAGUUCUACUCUUAUGUAGAGUUUCCCAUUGGCUGCUCCUGGCAUGGUGUGGAGUACCGCUUAGUGCAGAGUGCCCACUUGGCCAAGCCUGGCCAGCUCCUGGCCCAGGCUUUGGGUGUGCCAGCCGAUGAGGAUGUCCUCUUCACCAUCUUCUCUCAGGGCCAGAAGAACCGAGCCAGCCCACCUCGGCAGACCAUCCUUUGCCUCUUCACUCUCAGCAACAUCAAUGCCCACAUCCGGCAGCGAAUCCAAUCAUGCUACCGUGGGGAGGGCACACUGGCCCUGCCCUGGCUGCUGAAUAAGGAGCUGCCAUGCAUCAACACCCCCAUGCAGAUCAAUGGAAACUUCUGUGGGUUAGUGUUGAAUCAACCAUUGGGUGGCCUACACGUGAUUGAGGGGCUACCCCUGUUGGCCGACAGCACUGAUGGCAUGGCCAGUGUAGCUGCUUAUACCUACCACCAGCACUCUGUGGUUUUCAUCGGUACACGCAGUGGUAAUCUGAAGAAGGUGCGGGUUGAUGGCUCUCAGGAUGCCCAGCUGUAUGAGACGGUCUCUGUUGUAGAGGGCAGCCCCAUACUCCGAGACCUGCUCUUUAGCCCUGACCACCAGCACAUCUAUCUCCUGAGUGAGAAGCAGGUGAGCCAACUCCCGGUGGAGACCUGUGAGCAGUAUCUGAGCUGCGCUGCAUGCCUGGGCUCAGGGGACCCACACUGUGGUUGGUGUGUGCUACAGCACAGGUGCUGCCGUGAAGGGGCCUGCUCAGGUGCCUCUGCUCCACAUGGCUUUGCCGAGGAGCUGAACAAAUGUGUACAGGUGCGGGUCCGGCCCAAUAAUGUGUCGGUGACAUCCCCUGGAGUGCAGCUGACCAUAGCCAUGCGCAACGUGCCAGACCUUAGUGCGGGUGUGAGCUGUUCAUUUGAGGAGGUGACUAAAAGUGAGGCUAUUCUCCUGCCCUCUGGAGAGCUUCGUUGUCCUUCACCAUCCCUCCAGGAGCUCCAGACACUUACCAGAGGGCAUGGGGCCACUCAUACUGUGCAGCUGCAGCUGCUCUCCAUGGAGACUGGUGUGAGGUUUGCUGGGGUUGACUUUGUCUUCUACAACUGCAGUGCCCUUCAGUCGUGCAUGUCCUGUGUUGGCAGCCCUUACCCCUGCCACUGGUGUAAGUACCGCCAUGUGUGUACCAGCCACCCACACGAGUGCUCCUUCCAGGAGGGCAGGGUCCACAGCCCUGAGGGAUGUCCUGAGAUCCUGUCUCGAGGAGACCUCUUGAUCCCUGUGGGUGUCAUGCAGCCUCUAACCCUGCGGGCUAAGAAUCUGCCACAACCUCAGUCAGGCCAGAAGAAUUAUGAAUGUGUAGUCCGUGUACAGGGGCGGCAGCAUCGGGUACCUGCAGUGCGCUUUAACAGCAGCAGUGUGCAGUGCCAGAAUGCUUCGGAAGGUUCCCCAGCGGCCCAUGGGCAUUUUGCGCUGUGCACUAGAGUCUUGGGCCCAAGGAGCAGCGGCCUCAUUCCCAUGCGCUCUGCCUCUCAGGCCCGGGUCCAUCCUCCCUGA